GCCUGCGUGCGCCUGUGUCAGGGGGUUACGGCGGCGUCGGCUGUGGCGGGAAACGCUGUUUGAAGCGGCAAGAUGGAUGGCAAGCGGCAGUCAGCUCCGGGAGCUGGGGUGCCCCCGAAGCGGGCCCGUGGGGGCUUCUGGGAUGAGGAUGACACGCCUCGGCCAUCCCAGUUUGAGGAGGAGCUGGCGCUGAUGGAGGAGAUGGAGGCAGAGCGCAGGCUACAGGAGCAGGAGGAGGAGCUACAGUCGGCCCCGGAGGGGACUGCAGAUGGGCAGUUCUCCCCAUCAGCCCUAGAUCCCCGCUGGCUUCGGCCUUCCCCACCUCCCCUGGACCCCCAGACGGAUCCCCUCAUCUUUCAGCAAUUGGAGAUCGACCAUUAUGUGGGCCUGGCCCGGCCCCUCCCUCUGCCUGGGACGCCCCCGCCAUCCCGCGGCUCUGUGCCCGUGCUCCGCGCCUUCGGUGUCACCGAUGCUGGCGUCUCCGUCUGCUGCCACAUCCACGGCUUUGUGCCCUACUUCUACACUCCAGCAGUCCCUGGUUUUGGGGCCGAGCACCUGGCCGACCUGCAGCAGGAGCUGAGCGCAGCCAUCAGCCGGGACCAGCGCGGGGGGAAGGAGCUCACGGGGCCCGCGGUGCUGGCCGUGGAGCUCUGCACCCGUGAGAGCAUGUUCGGGUACCAUGGGCACGGCCCCUCCCCGUUCCUGCGCAUCACACUGGCCUUGCCCCGCCUCGUGGCACCCGCCCGCCGCCUCCUGGAGCAGGGCAUCCGUGUGUCUGGCCUGGGCACCCCCAGCUUCAAGCCCUACGAGGCCAACGUGGACUUUGAGAUCCGGUUCAUGGUGGACAUGGACAUUGUCGGCUGCAACUGGCUGGAACUCCCGGCUGGGAAAUACGUCCUGAGGCCCGAGGGGAAGACCACGCUGUGUCAGCUGGAGGCGGACGUGCUGUGGUCCGACGUGGUCAGUCACCCUCCAGAGGGGCCUUGGCAGCGGAUUGCACCUCUGCGUGUGCUCAGCUUCGACAUCGAGUGUGCUGGUCGCAAAGGCAUCUUCCCUGAGCCGGAGCGGGACCCCGUGAUCCAAAUCUGCUCACUGGGGCUGCGCUGGGGCGAGUCAGAGCCCUUCCUGCGCCUGGCACUCACCCUGAGGCCUUGCGCCCCCAUCCUGGGCGCCAAGGUGCAGAGCUAUGAGCAUGAGGAUGAGCUGCUCCAGGCCUGGUCCACCUUCGUCCGCACCAUGGACCCUGAUGUGAUCACGGGCUACAACAUUCAGAAUUUUGACCUUCCGUACCUCAUCUCCCGAGCCCAGACCCUCAAGGUACAUGGAUUCCCCUUCCUGGGCCGCGUCUCUGGGCUCUGCUCUACUAUCCGUGACUCAUCCUUCCAGUCAAAGCAGAUGGGCCGGCGGGACAGCAAGGUGGUCAGCAUGGUGGGACGCGUGCAGAUGGACAUGCUGCAGGUGCUGCUACGGGAGUACAAGCUGCGCUCCUACACGCUCAAUGCUGUGAGCUUCCACUUCCUGGGUGAGCAGAAGGAAGACGUGCAGCACAGCAUCAUCACUGACCUCCAGAACGGGAAUGAGCAGACGCGUCGCCGCCUGGCCGUGUACUGCCUCAAGGAUGCCUUCCUGCCGCUACGGCUACUCGAGCGGCUCAUGGUGCUAGUCAACUCUGUGGAGAUGGCGCGUGUCACCGGUGUGCCCCUCGGCUACCUGCUCACCCGCGGCCAGCAGGUCAAGGUCGUAUCCCAGCUGCUUCGGCAGGCCAUGCGCCAGGGGCUGGUGAUGCCUGUGGUGAAGACAGAGGGAGGUGAAGACUACACAGGGGCCACGGUCAUCGAACCACUCAAAGGGUACUAUGACGUGCCCAUCGCCACCCUGGACUUCUCCUCUCUAUACCCGUCCAUCAUGAUGGCUCAUAACCUGUGCUAUACCACUCUGCUGCGGCCUGGCGCUGCCCAGAAGCUGGGCCUGACUUCAGAGCAGUUCAUCAAGACACCCACAGGGGAUGAGUUUGUGAAGACAUCAGUGCGUAAGGGGCUGCUACCACAGAUCCUGGAGAACCUUCUCAGCGCCCGGAAAAGGGCCAAGGCCGAGCUAGCCAAGGAGACGGACCCCCUGCGCCGGCAGGUCUUGGAUGGGCGGCAGCUAGCGCUGAAGAUAAGUGCCAACUCUGUGUAUGGCUUCACCGGUGCCCAGGUGGGCAAGCUGCCCUGCCUGGAGAUCUCACAGAGUGUCACCGGGUUCGGGCGCCAGAUGAUUGAGAAAACAAAGCAACUGGUGGAGUCCAAGUACACUGUGGAGAAUGGCUACAGUGCCACUGCCAAGGUGGUGUACGGUGACACUGACUCCGUCAUGUGCCGAUUUGGUGUCUCCUCAGUGGCCGAGGCCAUGGCCCUAGGGCGGGAGGCCGCUGACUGGGUGUCAGGCCACUUCCCCCCACCCAUUCGGCUUGAGUUUGAGAAGGUCUACUUCCCCUACCUGCUCAUCAGCAAGAAGCGCUACGCUGGCCUGCUUUUCUCCUCUUGCCCUGAUGUCCACGACCGCAUGGACUGCAAGGGCCUAGAGGCCGUGCGGAGGGACAACUGCCCCCUCGUGGCCAACCUCGUCACCGCCUCACUGCGUCGCCUGCUCAUCGACCGAGACCCGGAUGGCGCAGUGGCCCACGCACAGGACGUCAUCUCAGACCUGCUGUGCAACCGUAUUGACAUCUCACAGCUGGUCAUCACCAAGGAGCUGACCCGCGCGGCCGCUGACUACGCCGGCAAGCAGGCCCACGUGGAGCUAGCCGAGAGGAUGAGGAAGCGGGACCCCGGGAGCGCGCCCAGCCUGGGUGACCGUGUCCCCUACGUGAUCAUCGGGGCCGCCAAAGGCGUGGCUGCCUACAUGAAGUCUGAGGACCCUCUCUUCGUACUGGAGCACAGCCUGCCCAUCGACACACAGUACUACCUGGAGCAACAGCUGGCCAAGCCACUCCUGCGCAUCUUCGAGCCAAUCCUGGGCGAGGGCCGCGCCGAGGCCAUGCUGCUGCGCGGGGAGCACACCCGCUGCAAGACGGUGCUCACGGGCAAGGUGGGCGGCCUGCUGGCCUUCGCCAAGCGCCACACCUGCUGCAUCGGCUGCCGCACCGUGCUCAGCCACCAGGGAGCCGUGUGCAAGUUCUGCCGGCCGCGGGAGUCGGAGCUGUAUCAGAAGGAGGUGUCCCACCUGAACGCCCUGGAAGAGCGCUUCUCGCGCCUCUGGACCCAGUGCCAGCGUUGCCAGGGCAGCCUGCAUGAGGAUGUCAUCUGCACCAGCCGGGACUGCCCCAUCUUCUACAUGCGCAAAAAGGUGCGGAAGGACCUGGAGGACCAGGAGCAGCUACUGCGGCGCUUCGGGCCCCCGGGCCCCGAGGUCUGGUGACCUCACGGGCCUCCCAGCAGGACAGGGGGAUUAAUAAAGUUUGUCCUUUUGUUAC